AAAACGUCAACAAACAAUCUUUUCGUAUUCAUCCCAAGAAAAUGUUUUUAAAAAUUUCCCUCUUUUUGUCCUCCGUGAUCUAAAUCUAGGGUUCUCAUUUUCACAUAUCAAAAUUCCCUUUUUUCACGGGGAAAUCUUUUACUCGUUUUCCAAAUGCAUUGUUCUGUCUUUAAAAUAAUCCUUGUCUUGGUUCUCAAUUGGACCUUUUUGAGUUCUAAGAUUUGUAAUGGCCGCAUCUUCACCUUCAAGAUGCACCACCGGUUCUCCGACACCGUUAAGAAAUGGUCUCGUUCCACCGGAAGACUCGCCCAUUUCCCGCCGCGGGGAAGUUUCGAGUACUACGCCGUUUUGUUCCACCACGAUCGCGUCCUCCGCGGCCGCAAGCUCUUUGAUACUGACUCAACCCUCUCUUUCUCCGAUGGCAACUCUACUUUCCGCAUCAGUUCUUUGGGAUUCUUGCAUUACACAACGGUGCAACUGGGGACGCCGGGAAUGAAGUUUAUGGUAGCACUUGAUACGGGGAGUGAUCUGUUCUGGGUGCCCUGUGAUUGUAGUAGAUGCGCACCCACUGAAGGAAACAUUUACGCUUCUGAUUUUGAGCUUAACAUAUAUGAUCCUAAAGAGUCAUCUACUAGCAAGAAAGUCACUUGCAAUAACAGUUUGUGUACACAUCGUAAUCGAUGCCUUGGAACAUUCAGCAGUUGCCCUUAUAUGGUCUCUUACGUCUCAGCCCAAACUUCUACUUCUGGUAUUUUGGUAGAAGAUGUUUUGCACUUAAAAACAGAGGACGACCAUCCAGAAAAUGUGGAGGCGUAUGUCACUUUUGGCUGUGGACAGGUUCAAAGUGGUUCUUUUUUGGACAUUGCUGCUCCAAAUGGUUUAUUUGGGCUUGGCAUGGAGAAGGUAUCAGUCCCUAGCAUCUUUUCCAGAGAAGGGCUUACCCCUGAUUCUUUCUCAAUGUGUUUUGGAUCUGAUGGAGUUGGAAGGAUAAGUUUUGGGGACAAGGGAAGUCCUGAUCAGGAAGAGACUCCAUUUAAUCUGAAUCCAUCACAUCCAGCCUAUAACAUUAGUAUAACUCAAAUUCGAGUGGGGACAUCAUUGAUUGAUGUGGAUUUGACAGCUCUUUUUGACUCGGGCACCUCAUUUACAUAUUUGGUUGACCCAGCAUAUACAAGGCUUUCAGAGAGUUUUAAUUCACAAGCACGCAAUACGCGCCGUCCACCUGAUUCAAGGCUCCCUUUUGAAUAUUGUUAUGAUAUGAGUCCCGAGGCAAAUGUUAGUUUGGUACCUAGCAUGAGUUUAACAAUGAAAGGAGGAAGUUAUUUCACUGUGUAUGAUCCAAUAAUUGUCAUCUCUACUCAGAGUGAACUUGUGUAUUGCCUAGCUGUUGUCAAGAGUACGGAAAUGAAUAUAAUUGGGCAGAAUUUUAUGACUGGCUACCGUGUAGUUUUUGAUCGAGAAAAAUUCAUCCUGGGGUGGAAGAAGUUUGAUUGUUAUGACAUUGAGAAUUCUACCUCUUUUCAAGUUGAACCACACUCUAAAUCUGUUCCUCCUGCUGUCGCUGCCGGACUACGUAAUCACACUACUCCAGAAUCAACUAAAGAGACCACAAACAAAUCUCAGACUUCAGCUUCUUCCGUGUCUUACUGUUGCCGUACUUAUCACUGGACUUGCCUCAGAUUUGUGUUCAUAUCGUUUCUGUUGUUGUAGCUGCUCUAUAUUCAUUAUUUUUCUGCUUUCCGGUUGCUGCCUGCUGUGGUAGUAAUUGGUAGAGGUCAUAUACCCUCGCACAGUGUACUGCUCAGAAAUCACCUCACUGGUCCUAGUUAGCUUUGAAUUUGGCUUGGCCAGAUCAUAGAUACAAACAAUUGCUUAUCUGGAAUCUGGCUUGGCCAGGAUGACAACUCGUCCUAGACAGAAACAGAUUUUGCUGGUGUAGAAAACAGCCCUUGUACCAUUUCAUUUUUGUCCAUAUCCCUCAUUUCAAAAUCUUUAACAUAUGGAACACUGUAGAAUUCUGUACAUUAUUUCUAUAAUAGAGACUCUGGGCAGAAAACUUUCUUCUCUUUAUAAAUGAAGCCAUGAUGGUUCACAUUUC